UCUUUCUGGCUGGCUGUGUACAGAGACCCAAGCACCCGCGGAGGGGGCCGUGGGUACUGAGAGUGGGCGCGAAUGGGUUAUGACAGGUGCACGUGGGACACGGAGCCACUUCCCCGGGGCUUAGGAGGGGCCCGGAGCUGGGACGGGAUGGACCCUGGGAUGAAGCAGAGCCGCUCGGGUGUGGCCAGGACAUGUCACUGAGCAGCCGCUGCGUGCCAGGCACUGUGUCAAAUCCUGUCUGUAUCUUCUGUGAAGCUGUUACUGUUCCCAUUUUACAGACAGGGGAACGGAGCCCAGAGCAGCUAGCUGACUUACACAGGGCCCUACGGGCAGAGCCAGGGUCCGACCUCAGGAGUUGCUUGGAGAUGCUGCUGCUGCUCCUUUUCUUGCUGCUGUUGCUGCCACCGCUGGCUGUGCUCUGGCAGCGGCAGCCCCAGGAUGUCAGGCUGUCCUGGCUUGUGGGCCUCCAGCACCGUGUGGCAGCUGCGACCCUGUGCUGGGCGGCCGCCUGGCAGAGGCGGAGACUGGAACAGAGCACACUGCACGCAGGCCAGAGCCAGCAGCAGGCCCUGAGGUGGUGUCUGCAGGGAGCCCGGGGGCCCCACAGUCCCCUCAGGGAGACCACAGAUAUAAGCACCUUCCGGAACCAUCUCCCUCUGACCAAGGCCAGCCAGGCCCAGGAAGAAGAAAAUGAGGGGCAGCUCCUGCCUUCUACUUCACCCCAGUACUACAGGGAGGCCUCUCUGCAGGCCACCUUGCUGGGUCUGGCAGCCCUAAACAAGGCCUAUCCAGACGUGCUGGCUCCUGGGGGGACCGCCUGUGUGACCCCUAUGUCCCCCUGGCCCCACCCUCUCCCCUGGCCUUGGCCUGCCCUGGGCCAGGUUAGCGCCCCCGGAGCCAAGCACCCUGGAGUCCUGCUGCUAAAGGCAUUGAGGUCUCCAGGGCUGCGGGCACUCGAAGCUGGGACGGCAGCCGAACUCCUAGAUGUCUUUUCGGGCCUGGAGGCCGAUGUCGAAGAGCUCGCUGAGGCAAUAGCUGCCGGGAACCCAGGGCCUCCUCUCCCCAGACGGGCAGCCGAGCUGCGGGAGGCCCUAGAACAGGGGUCCCGAGGACUGGCCCUCCGGCUCUGGCCGAAGCUACAGGUGGUGGUGACUCUGGACGCAGGAGGCCAGGCUGAGGCUGUGGCUGCCCUGGGGGCAUUGUGGUGCCAAGGGCUAGCCUUCUUCUCCCCGGCUUACGCUGCUUCUGGAGGGGUGGUGGGCUUGAACCUGUGGCCAGAGCAGCCGGGUGGGCUCUACCUUCUGCCACCCGGAGCUCCUUUGAUUGAGUUGCUCCCAGUCAAGGAAGGAGCCCAGGAAGAGGCUGCCUCUCCUGUCCUGCUGGCUGAGGCCCAGAAGGGCGAGGAGUACGAGCUGGUGCUGACCGACAACACUAGCCUUACCAGGUGCUGCCUGGGUGAUGUGGUACAGGUGGUUGGUGCCUACAAUCAGUGUCCGGUCGUCAGGUUCGUCCGCAGGCUGGGCCAGGCCCUGAGCGUGAGAGGAGAAGACAUUCGAGAGGACAUGUUCUCUGAGGCCCUGGGCCGGGCUGUCAGGCAGUGGCCAGGGGCCAAACUGUUAGACCACAGCUGUGUGGAGAGCAGCAUUCUGGAUUCCUCCGAGGGCUCGGCUCCCCACUACGAGGUGUUUGUGGCGCUCAGGGGCCUGAGAAACCUGUCAGAGGAAAAUCGAGACAAGGCCACUUGGUACGUUGUUCUGUGGCCUCUCUGGAUGGGAACUCUUGGCCAAGAUCUUCGACUCUGUGUCACCUGACAGUUGCCCAUCAGAACUCCAGGCCUUAGGGAGGUCUAACCUGGUCAGCCCGUUUGGAUGAGAUGAUGUCAGCUGGCGCCAGCAGUGCCCUCCCUGAAGCCCGUGGCGCCCUCUGGAGGACACUGCUAGGUUCCCAGCCGCGCUGCUGGCUCCUGGGUCCCCAGGCCCAGUGCACUGCGCAGGCUGGAAGUGUUAAUGCCUAACGCUCCCAGGAGCGACUCUCAGUCAAUAAGAAAUAGGAGUCGGAGGAAGAGACCUCAGCAUCAUUGUCCCUGUGUCUUCUGCACCAGUUGCCCAUAGUGGUAACCGUCUCAUUAACACAAUUCUUACUGGUUUUCCUUCCAUCCUUCUCAUCCCCAUGUUUUUGUGUACUUUGUAGGGUUACCUCCCAAAUAAACCUCUUGCACCCAGA